UAAUUCAUGCACGCCAAGCAUCAUCGCCACAUUUUAUAUCAGCCAUAGAAAGAAAGCGGACGGCGAGGACAAGGGAGAAGGUAGAACGGUGGACUUUUUAGAUGUUCUUAAGAGGCAAAGUUGAUGUCAUGCAUUUUAAAUCAUGGAAUUACAAAUGCUCUGGCUAUGGAUUGCUUUCUCAUGCGUUCUAUACUUAAGAUGUUUUGAUGUACACGUUUCGGACACAUUUCAUCCAGAGGCAGUUUUGGCAAAUGUAUCUCUUGGACAAGGUUGGAUUUAUAAUAUCGACAGGACAUUAACUCCAAAAUGGGUGAGGGAGUUUUUGAACAUAACAAAGCAAGAUGGAAUAUUAUAUUUCUCAGGAAAAGUAACUUGUGCGCGCCUGCCGAUGAACCCCGUGCCACUAUACUUACAGAUCAGAUCAUUUACGGCGGAAAACGUUAUACGGAUUCAUUUCAAUACUUUUGUCCAUGGACAAAAUUGUUUCAUUAAAUACCGGAGAAAGACUCCUGAGCAUAAGCACAACAUUUAUGUGAACAUUAAAAGUGAAAUAGUGACAUCUCCUUGCCUCUCAACUGGUAUUUUGCUUAUGGACAUUUAUGAACAUUUACCUCUUUUUCUCCGGAAUAAAGAAUUUUUCCAUUCAUGCAAGUCAGGGGAACAGAAAGUCACUUUUGAUAGCGGGAAGUUUUCUCCAAUUUGUUUACGACCCAGCCAGAGGCAAGAGUUGGAUUUUGAUUGUAAGGUGCAGGGGUCAGGAAAGCCCAUCGUCGGCGUGAAACUGCGUUUCUCCCAUCCACACAAGCGCGAUGAUUUAACAAGUAGCGAAUAUGAUGUACUGGAUCCAUGGACCAAACGGAAGAAGAGAAAUGUGAAUACAGCUCCCCAGUUUCAGUUGCCCAACUAUCAAGUGUCUGUGCCUGAGAAUGAGCCAUCGGGAACUCGCGUUAUUACGCUCAAAGCCUUGGAUUCAGACGACGGAGAUGCUGGUCGAAUUGAAUAUGACAUGGAGGCCUUAUUUGAUAGCCGGUCCAAUGAUUAUUUUCAAAUUAACUUGGAUACUGGUAGCAUCACAACUUUACAGCCGUUGGAUAGGGAGGUGAAGGACACGCAUGUGUUCAAAGUUAUCGCCACAGACAAUGGCAGCCCGAAGAAGUCCGCCACUGCUUAUCUCACUGUCACAAUCAGCGACACUAACGACCAUGGGCCUGUUUUUGAACAGACGGAGUACAGGGUUAGUAUCAGGGAAAACGUAGAGGUAGGGUUUGAGGUGUUAACUAUUAGGGCUACAGAUGGGGAUGCCCCAUCCAAUGCCAACAUGAUAUACAAGAUCGUGAAUGAGGAAGGGGACAGUGUUGGCUUUGAAAUUGACCCGAGAAACGGACUAGUCAAAAUCAAAGUCAGGCCAGACAGAGAGGCCAUGUCUAAGUAUCAACUCAUAGUGGAGGCCAAUGAUCAAGGAAAAGACCCAUGCCCUCGAAGUGCUACAGCUACAGUUCACAUCUCAGUGGAGGAUGAGAAUGAUAACUAUCCCCAGUUCAGUGAGAAAAGGUAUGUGGUCCAGGUGCUUGAGAAUGUGGCAGUGAACACCAAAGUGGUCCAGGUGCAGGCCACAGACAAAGAUGAAGGCAACAAUGCCAAAGUGCACUACAGCAUUAUCAGUGGGAACGUGAAAGGUCAGUUCUACAUCCAUUCCCCCACUGGUGUCAUUGACGUCAUCAACCCUCUGGAUUAUGAGAUGAACAGGGAAUAUAAUUUGCGGAUCAAGGCUCAAGACGGGGGCAGGCCUCCUCUGAUCAACGGCACUGGGAUGGUUGUCGUGCAGAUUGUGGAUGUCAACGAUAACGCUCCUAUGUUUGUCAGCACCCCCUUCCAAACCAGCGUCUUAGAAAACGUGGCCAUCGGUUACUCGGUUAUCCAUAUCCAGGCUAUUGAUGCCGACUCGGGUGACAACUCUCAUCUGGAGUACAGACUCACUGACACGGGCCCUGGCUUCCCCUUCACUAUCAAUACCAACACUGGUUGGAUUACAGUCAGUGUGGAGCUGGAUCGGGAGACAACCGAUUUUUACACUUUUGGUGUAGAAGCAGUGGAUCAUGGGAUUCCCGCCAUGUCAUCCUCCGCCGGCGUCAGCGUGACCAUUCUUGACGUCAACGAUAACGUGCCCACUUUCACCCAAAAGGUGUACUCCUUAAAAAUCAACGAGGACGCCGCGGUCGGGGACAGCGUGCUGGCUCUGACCGCUAUCGAUCGCGACAUCAACAGCGUGGUCACCUACCAGAUCUCCAGCGGCAACACUCGGAACAGGUUUGCCAUCACCAGUCAGAGCGCAGGGGGACUCAUCACCCUGGCCCUGCCUCUGGACUACAAACAGGAACGCCAGUACGUCCUCACCGUGACCGCUUCGGACGGCACACGCCACGACACCGCGCAGAUCUUUAUCAACGUCACCGACGCCAACACCCACCGGCCUGUUUUCCAGAGCGCCAACUACCAGGUGAUGAUCAGCGAGGACCGGCCUGUGGGCUCCACCGUGGUCGUGAUCAGCGCUACAGACGAGGACACGGGCGAGAACGCCCGCAUCAACUACGUCAUGGAAGACAACGUCCCCCAGUUCAAGAUCAAUCCGGACUCGGGCGCCAUCACCACGCAGAUAGAAAUAGACUACGAGGACCAGGCUUCCUACACGUUGGCCAUCAUUGCCCGUGACAACGGCAUUCCCCAGAAGUCUGACACCACAUAUGUGGAGAUCAUUGUUCUGGACGCCAAUGAUAACACCCCCCAGUUUCUCCGGGACAUAUACCAGGGGAGUGUAUUUGAGGAUGCCCCGGUGUACACCAGCGUCCUGCAGAUCUCCGCUUCCGACCGUGACGCUGGCUCCAACGGGCGGCUCAGUUACACUUUCCAGGGUGGCGACGAUGGAGAAGGAGACUUCUUCAUCGAACCUUACUCCGGCAUCAUCCGAACGGCCAGGAAACUCGAUCGGGAGAAUGUGCCGCUGUACAACCUCAAGGCGUUUGCUGUGGAUAAGGGCGUCCCGCCUCUGAAAGCAUCCGUGGACGUUCAAGUGUCUGUCCUGGAUAUCAACGACAACGCGCCCGUGUUCGAGAGGGACGAGAUGUACGUCUACGUGGUGGAGAACAGCCCCGUCGGUUCCAUCGUAGCCCGCAUCACCGCCACAGACCCAGACGAAGGAACCAACGCGCAGAUCCUGUUUCAGAUCGUGGAAGGGAAUGUCCCAGAAGUCUUCCAGUUGGAUAUCUUCAAUGGGGAUCUCAUCGCCCUCACAGAUCUGGACUACGAAUCCAAAAUGGAGUACACCAUCAUUGUCCAGGCCACUUCUGCGCCUCUGGUGAGCCGGGCCAUCGUGCACAUCCACCUUCUGGACGUUAACGACAAUGGUCCUGUCCUACGCGAUUUUGAAAUCAUAUUCAACAAUUACAUUACCAAUAGGUCAAACAGUUUUCCAGACGGGGUAAUCGGAAAGGUUCCGGCUCAGGACCCGGAUGUGUCGGACAAGCUUCAUUACACUUUUGUGGAGGGGAACGAGCUGAGUCUUCUUAUCCUGAACCAGGCCACCGGGGAGCUCAAACUGAGCAGGGAUUUGGACAACAACAGGCCCCUGGAGGCAAACAUGAAGAUCUCUGUCACAGACGGCGUUCACCAGAUCACCGCCCUCUGCACCCUCCGGGUCACCAUCAUCACAGACGACAUGCUGACCAACAGCAUCACGGUGCGUCUGGAGAACAUGUCCCAGGAGCGCUUCCUGUCUCCUCUCCUCGCCCUCUUCAUGGAGGGCGUCGCCGCCGUCCUCUCCACCCGCCGCGACGGCGUCUUCGUCUUCAACAUCCAGAACGACACCCACGUCCAGGGGAGCAUCCUCAACGUCACCUUCUCUGCCCUGCAGCCUUCCGGGAGCGCGCAUACUAAUGACCUGGGCGUGUCCCCGGCCGCGUCCUCCAACCCGGGGCUGUUCUUCCCGUCCGAGGCCCUCCAGGAGCAGAUCUACCUGAACCGCACGCUCCUCACCCUGGUGUCCAGCCAGCGCGUGCUGCCGUUCGACGACAACAUCUGCCUGCGCGAGCCGUGCGAGAACUACAUGAAGUGCGUGUCGGUGCUGAGGUUCGACAGCUCGGCGCCCUUCGUGGCGUCGGACACGGUGCUGUUUCGGCCCGUUCACCCCGUGACGGGGCUGCGAUGCCGCUGCCCCCCGGGCUUCACGGGGGACUACUGCGAGACGGAGAUCGACCUGUGCUACUCCUCGCCCUGCCAGAACAACGGGGUGUGCCGCAGCAGAGAAGGAGGCUACACUUGCGAGUGUCCGGCGGACAUCACAGGCGAGCACUGUGAGGUGAACUCCCGCUCCGGGCGUUGUGUCCCGGGGGUGUGUAGGAACGGGGCCAGGUGUGUGGACCUGCUGGUGGGAGGCUUCAUGUGCCAGUGCCCCCCAGGAGAGUUCCAGAAGCCCUACUGUGAGGUGACCACACGCAGCUUCCCUGGACAGUCCUUCAUCACCUUCAGAGGCCUGCGCCAGAGGUUUCACUUCACCCUCUCCUUCAUGUUUGCCACGAGGGAGAGGAACGCUCUCCUCCUCUACAACGGCAGAUUCAACGAGAAACACGACUUCAUCGCCCUGGAGAUCAUCGAGGAGCAGGUGCAGCUGACCUUUUCAGCCGGAGAAACCAAAACCACCGUAUCGCCCUUCGUCCUCGGUGGGGUCAGUGAUGGCCAGUGGCAUACUGUUCAGCUCCACUACUACAACAAGCCCAACAUUGGUCGCCUUGGCAUCCCUCACGGGCCCUCCGGGGAGAAGGUAGCGGUGGUUGUGGUGGACGAUUGUGACAUUGCCAUGGCAAUCCGCUUCAGUGGUCAGAUUGGGAACUACUCGUGUGCCGCCCAGGGAACCCAGACAGGACUGAAGAAGUCUCUGGACCUGACUGGACCGCUGCUCUUUGGCGGCGUUCCCAACCUUCCGGAAGACUUCCCGGUGAGGAACCGGGACUUUGUAGGUUGUGUGAGGGACCUGGUUGUCGACAGCAAGCCCGUGGACAUGAACAGCUACAUUGCUAACAAUGGAACGGCUGCAGGAUGCACAGCAAAGAAGGACUUCUGCAGUGGAGCAGUGUGUCAGAAUAAAGGAUCUUGUGUGAACAAGUGGAACACCUAUUCCUGUGAUUGUCCUCUAGGCUAUGGGGGCAAGAACUGUGAACAAGUCAUGCCCUCGCCUCAGCACUUUGAUGGUCACGCCCUGGUGUGGUGGAGAGAGCCGGAGGUCACCAUCGCCAUCCCCUGGUACAUGGGCCUGAUGUUCCGCACGCGGCAGAGCUCAGGCAUCCUGCUGCAGGCCAACGCUGGGGACUUCUCUAAAAUACACCUACUGAUAAGCAGCAGACACGUACGGUUCCAGGUUUUCCUGGGCAUGAAGCGCGUGGCCUUGCUGGACUUCCCCCAGGUGCGUGUUGACGACGGGCAGUGGCAUCACAUCCUGGUGGAGCUCCAGAGCGUCAAAGAUGGGGAGGACAUCAAGUAUAUGGCCAAGGUGUCUCUGGACUACGGCAUGUUCCAGAGGUCGGUGGAGAUAGGCAACGAACUGCCAGGAUUGAGACUGAGAAGUCUCUUUGUGGGAGGACAGAUGAAGAAGGAUGGGACAGUCAUGAAUGGCCUGAAAGGCUGCAUGCAGGGUGUACGAAUGGGAGAGACCUCCACUAACCUGGCCAACGUGAACAUGCACCAGGGCCAGAAGGUCCGUGUGGAGGAUGGCUGUGACGUAGCUAACCCCUGUAGCUCCAACGUGUGCCCUGAACACAGCCGCUGUGUUGACAACUGGAGCUCACACACCUGCGUGUGCCAGCCUGGGUACUUUGGGAGGGACUGUGUGGACGUAUGUCUCAUGAAUCCCUGUGAGCAUGUUUCCACCUGCGUUCGCCAGCCAAGCUCCCCCCCUGGUUACAGCUGCCAGUGUGGCAACGGCUACUAUGGCCAGUACUGCCAGAAAAAAGCUAACCUUCCGUGUGCCCGUGGCUGGUGGGGGAAUCCGGUCUGUGGUCCCUGUAACUGUGAUGUCACCAAAGGGUUCUACCGGGACUGCAACAAAACCACUGGAGAAUGCCGCUGCAAGGAUAAUUACUUCCGGUCUAAAGGUGGGGACACCUGCAGCCCGUGUGAGUGUUUCCAGCUGGGUGCCCUGUCACGCUCCUGUGACCCCCAGACAGGCCAGUGUCAGUGCCGGACAGGUGUGAUUGGCCGCCAGUGUAAUCGCUGUGACAACCCCUAUGCCGAGGUCACCUCCAGCGGGUGCAUGGUUGUGUAUGAGGGCUGUCCUAAGGCCUUUGAUUCUGGGAUCUGGUGGCCUAAAACCCAGUUUGGACAACCAGCUGCCAUGAAGUGUCCCAAAGGCUCAACAGGCACUGCAAUCCGCCACUGUAGUGAAGAAAAUGGCUGGCUUCCCCCUGACCUCUUUAACUGCACCUCUCUCACCUUCUCACAACUCAAAAAACAGAAUGAAGAACUGCGCCUAAACGGCUCUCGGAUGGACAGUGACAGGUCAAAGGGCAUGGCCAGCAUGCUGCGGAGUGCCACCAAUCGCACGACAGCCCUCCACGGCAACGACGUAAAAACGGCCUACAGCCUCCUCACUCACCUUCUGCAGUACGAGAGCAUGCAGCAAGGAUUCAACAUGACCGCCACACGAGAUGUGCAGUUCCAUGAGAACGUUGUCUGGACGGGCAGCACCAUCCUUGACCUGGCCAACCGGGCCCAGUGGGAACAGAUCCAGCGAUCUGAAGGCGGCUCCGCCCUGCUGCUAAGGAGCUUCGAGGAGUACGCCCACAACCUGGCCCAGAACCUGAGGAAGACCUACCUCAAACCCUUCACCCUAGUCACGGACAACAUGAUCUUCUCUGUGGAUUACUUGGACCCGUUCGAUCCAAAUAAAGCAAAGAUCCCUCGCUUUGAGGAAUUUCUGGGCACCUAUUCCAAAGAGCUGGAGUCUUCAGUCCUCUUCCCAGAAUUCCCCUCACGCACAGAAGAGGUCAAAGGUACACGUGAGGUCAAAGCAGUUCCCAUGGUGACGACCACAGAUGCACUGCCCCCUGUCCAGACCGAAUCAAUGGCAGUCAAUCACACAGAAUCUCACACAGCGUCCCCUAAACGGAAACGCCACGCUGAAGCCCCAGCCGUUCUCCCUGUUGCUGUGGUGAUCAUCUAUCGAACCCUCGGACAGCUACUUCCAGAGAACUAUGACCACGAUCGCAGAAGCCUGAGACUUCCAAACAGGCCCAUAAUAAACACCCCCAUAGUGAGCACGAUUGUCUACAGUGAGGGAUCUAUCCUGAGCAUGCCCCUUGAACGCCCCAUCACCAUGGAGUACAGGCUACUGGAGACACAGGAGAGGACCAAACCAGUGUGUGUCUACUGGAACCACUCUAUUGCGGUUCGAGGAAUGGGAGGCUGGUCUGCCAAGGGCUGUGAGCUAGUAUCCAGGACCAGCACCCACAUAAGCUGCCAGUGCAGUCACAUGGCCAGCUCCGCUGUACUGAUGGACAUCUCCAAGAGAGAGCAUGGAGAAGUCCUACCUCUGAGGAUCAUCACCUACACCACAGUCUCUGCCUCACUCGUGGCCCUCCUCAUCACCUUCCUCUUGCUCGCCAUCCUCCGUAAACUGCGCUCCAACCUCCACAGCAUCCACAAGAACCUGGUGGCCUCCAUCUUCCUGUCCGAGCUGGUGUUUCUCUUCGGAAUCAACCAGACAGAGAAUGCGUUUAUGUGUACGGUGGUGGCCAUCCUGCUUCACUAUUCCUACAUGUGCACCUUUGCCUGGAUGUUCGUGGAGGGACUACACAUCUACCGCAUGCUAACAGAGCUACGUAACAUCAACCACGGACACAUGAGAUUCUACUACGCCAUUGGCUGGGGCUUCCCUGCCAUCAUCACAGGUCUCGCGGUAGGGCUGGAUCCUCAAGGUUAUGGAAACCCUGACUUUUGCUGGCUGUCUGUCCAUGACACACUAAUCUGGAGUAUUGCAGGGCCGAUUGCCAUAGUGGUGUUGGUGAACAUUGCUAUAUUCUUUUUGGCAGCCAAAGCCUCGUGUGGAAAAAGGCAGUGGACGUUUGAAAAGUCUGGAGCCAUCUCGGCUCUUCGCGUCGCCUUCUUGCUCCUGCUGCUCCUCAGCGCCACCUGGCUGCUGGGUCUCAUGGCUGUCAACAGUGAUGUCAUAUCCUUCCACUACCUCUUUGCCAUCUUCAGCUGCCUUCAGGGUGUGUGUAUCUUCUUCUUCCACUGCAUCUUCAACACGGAAGUGAGGAUCAACCUAAAAGAGGUCUUCACAGGGAAGAAGCCCGUCGUGGAGAACUCGUCCACCACCCGAGCAACGUUGCUAACACGGUCUCUGAAUGGCAAACACUCAUUUACAGAGGAUGACGGACUGUACCGCACGGCCAUAGGAGAGUCUACUGCCUCCAUGGACAGCACAAUCCGGUCAACCCACAGUCACAGCAGCCAGACCAGAGUGGAGUCAGGACAGAAGAGGACAACCUCCUCUGGCUCGGCCAAAAAGAGUUACCACGGAGACGGAGACUCCUCCAUCUUCCUGCGGAAGCGCUCCAAACGAGACGAUUCGGACUCGGACAGCGAGCUGUCGAUGGACGAGCACAGUAGCUCCUAUGCCUCGUCACACUCCUCGGACAGCGAGGACGACCGUGGAGGGCGCAGGCAUCGAUGGAACAAUGAGAGACAGCAGCCUCAGCACAGCACGCCUAUAGUAGACACAGUAGCCAAUCACGUAAAGCCUUACUGGCCAGCAGAGCCGCCGACAGCCAGUGAGAGUGAAGAGCCGAGCGGUAUGGAGUCGCUGCGGGUGGAGACCAAGGUCAAUGUGGAGCUCCACCAGCACGUCAAAGAGAAUGGGGAGUGUCCCUCAGAGAACGAAGGGAGGGGGAAAGAAGACGCACCCCCAAGCUCACCUGACAGUAACCAGCCGGAGAAGAGGAGAGGCAUUCUGAAGAACAAGAUUGCCUACCCUCCUCCACUGACAGACAAGAACAUGAAGAACCGGCUCAGGGAGAAACUGAGUGACUACAACCCUUCUCCCACCAUUUCUCCACGGACCCCUGUCCCCCCCUCCCCCACCAACAGGGGCCUGCGCCCUGUAACCGGGGGAAACGGGGUCAUCAUCAAGUCCCCGCCUCUUCCUCCUGUACUGCCACGUCCACCCCUGUCACCGCGGGAACAGCGCAACGGAGUAACCAGGGUGACCACAGCACCGAUGGCGCCACCCGUUAACGGGGUGGAUGACACCCACAACUCAGACUCAGAUGGCAGCAAUGAAACCUCUAUUUGACUGAAGGGGAUAAAAGUGGACUCUGCCAUUUAGUGGAGAUAAGAAAUCCUAGUAAACCCAAUGUGGUCUCUGAAACCAAAGGAGGCCAGCAUCCCAGUAUUCCUUUACAGACUGUAAACUCUCAAAACGAGCAGUAGUACAGAAAAUGGUGAAUUGCAUCAAUGAAGAAGGGAAGAUACAGUGGCAAUUUAACUCCAAUGGGUGAAAACUACAUCUCCAAACUUGCAAUAGAAAAUGUCUGACAGACAAAUGGCACUUCACAACCAACAGGUGGCAGAAUAUGCAAUUGACGAAUGGUGGCAUUGCAGUGGAAGAAAACAGACUAAGAUUGAGGACCUCUUAUUGAAAACAAGAACUUUUAACAUUUUGGAACCAGAUGUGCCAUAAUUUGGAGGUCACAGUGACCUCACCAAGUGCCCAAUUAGUUACAGUGUCAAUAUUACAAUAGAGACUACCUUUGUAAAUAUAAAACAUGUAAAUAUGUUGUACUGUAUUUAGGCUGUUUGUAUUUUGUUUAUAGAAGAAAAGUAAUUUUGUAUAUUGUAAGUAGUAUUAUUUUACCUUUACUGUAACUGAAAAUCUUAUACCAGCUAGUUUUUUUUUCUUCGGGGGACAUACAUGAAAUGACACUUGGUUUCAAAGCUAGACAUGUUUCACAUAAUGGUAUGAUUUGUUUAGUACAUUUUCUACUGUGGACUACAUUGAUUGCACUUGUUGAUAUUGCUAUAUGGAUUUGUAACUAAAAUUGGUUUAGAAAGUGAACUUGUUAUCAAACCCAUUGUCAGCUGAAUUAUAUGAAUACGUAACUUUAAAUAAUCAAAAUGCACUGAAAUGGACAAACAGGCAACAUACACACUUUACAACCCAUUAUAAGCUUGAAUUUCCAUCUCAGUUAUUGGUACAAUUAAGUUAAUAUAUUCCUACAGUCGGGUCCAAAAGUCUGAGAUCCCAUUGAACAUUGAAUGGGCGAAUUGAAGACUGAGAAAGCCACACAUUCUGUGACACCACAAGAAGCUCUUUGGAACAUUGGAACAUCAUGCUGGGAUCAUCAGGUUUUGUACAACCUUGUGGAGUCCAUGUCAGCUCGAGUGCACACUGUCAGUAAUGCAAAAGGGGGAAAUGCCAAAUACUAAAUUUGUUUCACUCAAAAUUGUUUAGCUGAUAUUAUCAUUUGUAAUGAAAUAAUUUGUAUUAUUAAGUGCAAAAUAGAAGUAUCUUGACUAGUUUUCCCCCUCUCUUGGACCCUGCUGUUAGAGUGCUCUGAUAAAAUGGGUUCAGUCUUCAGUAUCAUAUAUGUGCUGUUUUAUAAACAAUUUACGGGACUAGAAAUAGAAAUACUAUGUUACAGUAUUCUUGUCAAUGACACAGUAUUAGCUGACUUGUCAACCAUGUGCCUUUAUUUGUAUGCUCAAAACUAACUGAACAAUCCGAAAAAGGACUAUGUAUGCAACAAAAACAUGUCAAAUGUUGAUCCUCAUCAGAACCGGUAAUGAAUUUCUCCCAAUUUGGUCAUUUUGAACUUUUUACUACUUACAAUACAGUAUGUUCUGUUGUUUACCCACAAAAAAAAACACGAACACAACACUACAAGGGUGUAGUGCCAUCAGUUCUUCUGUCAAAAGUUUUCUGUAUUUCAUUGUUUACAGAUGAGUUAUUAAUAAUCAAGAAAUUUGUGUGUGUUGUAGACACUGGAUGCAUCAUAGUGUAAUAAAAAUGUAUUUAUUUUUGUUAGAAGACACUGAAAAUAAGACUUCUACGACUGUAAAAUAAAAAUAAAAAGCUGAAUU